CCGCCCCCACCUUGAUUUCUCUGUUUCUCCAUAUUUUUAUAUAUGAAAUGGUUUUUGUUUUCCGCUGAAUAUUAAACAAUUGGGUUGGAGAAAAGAAAAGGCUCUCUCUUUCUUUCCUUCUUUUGUUUUGUUUCAGAGGAGAGAGUCCGGAUCAGCACGUAAUCUGUUCACAUUGUAGAUCUCUCUCUCUGCACCUUCAAUACUUCAACUUCAACUUCAAGGUACACCCUCCCAUUAAUCUUCGCUUUUGAGUCUUGUGUUUGCUUCAUGCUCAGAUCCGCUUCUUGGAAGUCGGUCACUUUUUUUUGUUGUUGCAGCAAACAGAUCUAUCCUUCAUAAUGUGGAGGUUCAAGCCUUUUAUGCACAAGGAGCCAGCUGGCCUCGAAGGCCGCUCCAUUGACGUCGGAACUCUCAAGAUUCAGGUGAAGAAUGUCAUUGCCGAAGGAGGGUUCUCUUGCGUUUACUUAGCUCGGGACCUUGUCCAUACCUCAAAGCAGUAUGCUUUGAAGCACAUCAUAUGUAAUGAUGAAGAGUUGCUGGAGUUGGUGAUGAAGGAAAUCUCCGUCAUGAAGUUACUCAGAGGGCAUCCCAAUGUUGUCACUCUCUAUGCCCACGCCAUCAUGGAUUUGGGCCGCACAAAGGAGGCACUCCUUGUCAUGGAAUAUUGUGACAAGUCUCUGGUUACCGUACUCGAUAGCAGAGGAGCUGGCUUUUUUGAUGAGAAACAGGUCCUUGCAAUCUUCAGAGAUGUGUGUACUGCAGUUUUUGCAAUGCACACACUGUCCCCUCCCAUUGCUCAUAGGGAUUUGAAAGCUGAGAAUCUUCUGUUGGGGCCGGAUGGACUGUGGAAAUUGUGUGAUUUUGGAAGCACCUCUACCAACCACAAGCGCUUUGAGAAGCCUGAAGAAAUGGGUAUUGAAGAAGACAUUAUCAGAAAGCACACAACACCUGCCUACAGGGCCCCUGAGAUGUGGGAUCUAUUUCGGAGAGAACUUAUCAAUGAGAAAGUAGACAUAUGGGCUCUUGGCUGCCUUCUCUUUCGCAUUUGCUACUUCAAAAGUGCAUUCGAUGGAGAGUCAAAGCUGCAGAUCUUGAAUGGAAACUAUCGCAUUCCUGAGUUACCUAACUACGGCUCGUCUAUUACAGAUCUCAUCAGAGACAUGCUUCAGGCAUCACCAGACGACAGACCAGAUAUCACGCAGGUGUGGUUUCGUGUUAAUGAGCUGUUACCAGUUGGUUUACAGAAGUCUUUACCUGAUAGGCCACCCGAAAUGCACUCUGCUGGAAAACAUGAAGGUUUUUCAAGGCCCGCAAACAAGUCGCCUGAAAUGCCUCGUAGAAGCCCACCCCCACCACCUUCAGUGGGAGAAUCAGCUAGAAAUCCAUCACAAACGUCAAAUAUGUCCAAGGCAGGGGGAGGUGGAGGGCCACUUGGUGCAUUUUGGUCCACUCAGCAUGCUGAGGAUUCAGUUGUUGUUGAAGAAAAGACUGUACCUAAGUUUGAUGAUUCUAAUCAUCCUUUACCCAAGAACAGUGCCCCUGCAAAAGUGGACAAUACACCAACCUAUGCUGCACGAAGAAACUCACACGUGAAAUCGCACAAGCAUGAAGAUGGAUUUCCAAAGGACAUUGAAAUAAAUUUCUUCCAGAAGCAUACUGACCAUGGUGCUGAGAGGCCAAAGGCAUCCAAGCCUGAGAGUGCAACUAGUUUUCACGAUGAUGCAUUUAACUCAUUUGUUGCUGAAUUUGAUACUAAUAAACUCAGCGUGGGAGCUAGUAAUAGCAAAUCAGGAAAAGAAGAAGCAUUAGAGACUGAAGUAGAGAGAUUGAAGGAGCAGCUGAACCAAGCCAACAUAGAAAAGGCUGAAAUAACUUCCAAAUUUGAAAAGCUAUCAGCCAUCUGCCGAUCUCAAAGGCAAGAGUUGCAGGAGCUUAAGCAGACGCUUGCCGCUAGAACACCUUCACCGAAUAAAGAUGCUUUGAGAAAUCAAAUGUCACCUGGCGUUCAAUCAUCCGCAACCCCACCGCAGAGGGAGAAGAUAGAAGGAGCCAUUUGGGAACUCCAGCAGGAUAAAUCUGACCGGAAAACUCCAAGUCCAGAGACAAAGUCAUGGCAGCCGUUUGCAGAACCGCAGCCUUCUUCAACGGACAACACUGUCAAAUCUGUCAGGACAAGAAAUGGUCACCAGAACAAGCAAGCUACGACUCAAGUAAAUACUGGUUUUGACUCGUGGGGUUUUGGAACAGAGAGCUUUUCUGCUGCGCCCACUGGAAGCACCCAAAUAUCAAGACCUAUGGGUGAAGGAAAUAUUUCUCAGCGUUUUGGUGACACAAAGGCUAUGGAGAGCAAGCCAGCUUCUCAACCUGCUGGAUGGGCUGGUUUCUAAUUAUGGCCUUCUGGAAUGCUUGCUAUGAGGAUGUAUUUUAUGACAACCCUGACAUUGUUGUUGGCAACAAUGCCGAGGUAAGUGAGGGUGGAAAGUAAGAGAUGCAUGCCUUUGAUUUGAAUUUGAUUUGUGCUUUUGAGUGCUGGUGUUUUAUAGAUUUUAUUCUGCCUCUUCUGCGGUAGAACAUGUACACAUGUUUCUCUGGACUGUGACAGACUUCAUUUGUAUACUUACGCUGCAUAUGUCGAUUGUUGGCUAAGAAAA